AUGGCGGUUUCUCUCUCGUCGCCGUCGAGGAUCACUCCCAUAACUCUGCAGCCGAAGCUGAAAGCGAUUCGUGGCUUAAGAUGCGUGCUUUGUCGGAAACGAGCAGCUUAUCUUGCAGCAAAGAAGGAUGUGAUGGAUGCAUCUGGUGUUGCUCUUGUUCUGAUCGGACCGGGAAGUAUCGAGCAGGCUAACACUUUUGUGGAACAGACGAAAUUUGAAGGAGAGGUGUAUGCAGAUCCAAACCACGAGUCAUACGAGGCGCUCAAAUUUGCUUCAGGGGUUACUGUGACAUUUACCCCUAAAGCUGCUCUGAAGAUAAUUGAGUCUUACAUGGAAGGAUACCGCCAAGACUGGAAACUCUCGUUUAUGAAAGAUACUGUUGAAAGAGGAGGCUGGCAACAAGGUGGAAUCCUAGUUGCUGGACCUGGAAAAGAUAACAUCUCUUACAUCCGCAAGGACAAAGAAGCUGGAGAUGACCCGCCUGUUGAUGAAAUCCUAAAAGCGUGUUGCGCUUGAAGAAAUCCAUAAGCAAAGCAAAAAGGCAUCAUUUUUCUUAUCGUACAAAGCUCGUGUAGAAGAAGAUCUGUUCGUAAAUCAUAUACUACUUCGUACAAUAAAACGUGUUUCUUUCGCAAAGUAAAAAAAAAAAGCGGGAAUUAAUAAGACAUAUACGGUUUACUAUAAACUUGAAACAGACGGUGUAGUGUCUAGUUCUCUCCUUGUCGUUCAGGCUUUGAUCGAAAACAGUUUCUGCUUGAAGAAG